GAGAGCAUAAGGUGGGAAAGCUUGACUUGAACACUUGAGUAACUUCACUGAGAGAAACAUUCAUUCGAAUGCACACACCUUCCCAUAGAGACACUGACAAAGUGCCUUCCAGGGAGAAAAGUCUUGCACAGGCACACACAGUGAGUGUCUUCCCAGACGAAGUCUCAUUAAGAAACCAUCACACACUCAGUGACUAGCCUACACUCGUCUGAGAGCGGGAACAUUUAUCUCAGAGAGAGGAGCAGAGAGAGGAUUCAUACAUAGGUAAACACACGCUCACAACAGAACCUGUGCCUAUCCUGAGCGGGGAUACUGUGCCCCAGAGAGAAGAGAGGAGCCUCAGGGUGGAAGGAGACGGAGAGUGGAUGGAUGCCUUUUGUGAACUUAGUGGCCUGGAUCCUCUAUGGGACUGGAACCGUACAUGGUACACUGACAAGCCGGACCUGACGGAGUGCUUCCAGAACACGGUUCUGGUGUGGUUCCCCUGCGUCUAUCUCUGGCUGUUGGCGCCCUUCUAUGCUCUACACCUUUACUGCCACGACCAUGGACGCAUCAGUGUCUCCAGUCUCUGCACCGCCAAGAUGGUGCUGGGGUUCCUUCUGGCCUCGUUUGGAUUUGUAGAGUUCUUCUACAUCCUCCUGGAGAGGAGUCAGGAGAUCCAAAACCACAUGGUCUUCCUGCUCAGCCCCAUCAUACGCAGCUUGACCGUGGUCCUGGCCAUUUGCAUUAUCCAGUUGGAGAGAAUACGGGGCUGCCGUUCCUCCGUUUUCCUCUUCCUGUUCUGGGUCCUGGCGGUGGUGUGUUCACUUGUUCCCAUGAGGUCCAAGAUCUUGCUGGUUAUGUAUGAGGAUAUCUCUAACGAUCUCGUAAGAUACAUGGCAUUUUUCUCCUACUUCUCACUCCAAUUGGCCCAACUAUUCCUGUGUUGUUUUGCUGAUCAGCCACCAGAGGGAAAAACUGUUGUGGUCAAGAACGCAUGUCCAGUUCAGGAUGCGUCUUUCCUGUCGAAGAUCCUCUUCUGGUGGUUUACUGGACUGGUGGUUAAAGGAUAUCGUACCCCUCUGGAAGCUAAAGACUUGUGGAACUUGAGGGAGGAGGACAGAUCGAACAAGAUUAUCUCGGAUUUGGAAGAAGAGUGGACAACGGAAUGUGCUAAGCUCCAACAGCAGGAGAAGGCUAUGGCGGCAGACGUGGCACUGGGCACCAGACUUCCCGAUCAGGCCCAGAUCCUUAGGAAGCUACAGAAGGAGCAGAGCUCUGGCUUCUGUCUGCUGAGGACCCUGGCGCGCAACUUCGGACCUUACUUCUUAACCGGAACGUUGUGUAUAAUCUUCCAUGACAUCUUCAUGUUCGCCAUCCCUCAGGUGCUCAGUCUUCUCCUAGGUUUCAUGAAGGAAGAAGAAGCCCCAUUGUGGAAGGGCUACUUCUAUGCCACCUUGAUGUUCCUGUUGUCCUGCCUCCAGUCCCUGCUCAACCACCAGUACAUGUACACCUGCUUCACUGUGGGCAUGAGAGUGAAGACAGCCGUGAUGGGCUUGGUCUACAGAAAGUCAUUGGUGAUAAACAGUGCAUCCCGGAGAACAUGCACAGUGGGGGAAAUUGUGAACCUGGUGUCAGCUGACACCCAGAAGCUUAUGGACUUUGUGGUUUACUUCAACGCAGUGUGGCUGGCUCCAAUUGAGAUUGCCCUUUGUCUCUUCUUCCUCUGGCAGCACCUUGGUCCGUCUGCUCUUGCUGGAAUUGCCACUGUCAUCCUCAUCUUUCCACUGAAUGGAUUCAUUGCCAAGAAAAGGAGCAAACUGCAGGAGGUACAGAUGAAGUAUAUGGAUGGGCGGAUCAAGCUGAUGAAUGAGAUCCUGAAUGGGAUCAAGAUCCUGAAGUUCUAUGCCUGGGAGAAGGCCUUUCUGGAGCAGGUCCUGGGUUACAGGGAGAAGGAGCUGAAGGCCCUGAAGAAGUCCCAGAUCCUCUACUCCAUCUCCAUCGCUUCCUUCAACUCAUCCACUUUCCUGAUUGCUUUCGCCAUGUUUGGUGUCUACGUGUUGACUGAUGACAAGAAUGUCCUUGACGCCCAGAAGGUCUUUGUCUCCAUGGCGCUGAUCAACAUUCUAAAGACGCCACUGAGCCAGCUACCCUUUGCAAUGAGUACAACCAUGCAGGCAAUUGUCUCACUUAAGCGCCUUGGAAAAUACCUGUGUUCUGAGGAGCUGAAAGAAGACAAUGUAACCAAGACCCCUUUGAAUGCUGACGGGGAGGGUGUGCUGAUAGACAACGGAACUUUCAGUUGGACCAAAGAAGGGCCUCCGUGUCUAAGAAGGAUCAAUGUCCGUGUACCUAAGGGGUCCCUAGUGGCCGUGGUGGGUCAUGUGGGCAGCGGGAAGUCCUCCUUACUGUCCGCCAUGCUUGGAGAGACAGAGAAAAGGAGCGGCAAUGUAUCCGUUAAGGGCUCAGUGGCGUAUGUACCCCAGCAGGCCUGGAUUCAGAAUGCCACGGUCCAGGAAAACGUUGUGUUUGGCCGCGAGAAGCAGAAGACUUGGUACCAGCGGGUGUUGGAGGCUUGCGCCCUGCUCCCCGACCUGAAUAUUCUCCCAGCUGGAGAUUCCACUGAGAUUGGGGAGAAGGGUCUGAACCUCUCCGGGGGGCAGAAGCAGAGGGUGAGCCUGGCUAGAGCCGUGUACAGGAAGGCUGAUAUCUACCUGCUGGAUGACCCCCUCUCUGCUGUGGACGCUCACGUGGGUCAGCAUAUAUUUGACAAAGUGAUCGGCCCCAAGGGAGUGCUUCGAGAUAAGACACGUGUCCUGGUAACCCAUGGGAUGAGCUUUCUGCCUCAGGCGGACCUCAUCCUGGUGCUGGUCGAAGGGGAAAUUACAGAGAGCGGUUCCUACCAGGAGCUGCUGAGCCGCCACGGAGCCUUCGCUGACUUCAUCCACACUUUUGCCAGCAACGACCGCAAAGAGAGCAUCACAGAGGCCGCCACGCAAAGAGGUGCCAGGAGAGCCAGCUCACGGCUGAGUGUGACUGACUUCAUGCCGUUCUCAAGAGACCUUUCCCAGGAGCAGCUCAUUGGGGGUGACACCAACAGUACUAACCUGCAGGGUAUGGAGCCGAUGUCUGACAUUGACGAGGAGCAAAUUCCUGAGGACCUGGGAAAGCUUACUGAGGUUGACAAGGCUCGCACUGGGAGGGUGAGGCUGGAGAUGUACAUGGAGUACUUCAAGACCAUCGGCAUGGCCUUCAUCAUCCCCAUUGUGUUCCUGUACGCCUUCCAGCAAGGGGCGUCUCUGGCCUACAAUUACUGGCUGAGCUUGUGGGCCGACGAGCCCAUUGUCAACGGCACUCAGAUUGACACAGACAUGAAGCUGGCCGUCUACGGGGCUCUGGGCUUUGCACAAGGAAUCGCCAUUUUUGGCACCACGGUGGCCAUUUCAGUCGGAGGCAUUAUUGCGUCCCGUCACCUCCACAUGGACCUGUUGAAGAACGUUCUCCACUCUCCCAUGUCCUUCUUUGAGACCACUCCCAGCGGCAACCUGCUCAACCGUUUUGCUAAAGAGAUUGACGCUAUAGACUGCAUGAUCCCUGAUGGCCUCAAAAUGAUGCUGGGCUACCUCUUUAAGCUGAUGGAGGUUUGCAUCAUUGUAAUGCUGGCUACACCAUUUGCAAUGGUUGUCCUCCUGCCCCUCGCCAUUCUCUACGCCUUUGUUCAGAGUUUCUACGUGGCCACAUCGUGUCAGCUGCGGAGGUUGGAGUCCGUGAGCCGCUCACCCAUUUACACCCAUUUUAACGAGACAGUGCAGGGAGCCAGCGUCAUACGGGCUUUUGGGGAACAGCACAGGUUCAUUGUUCAAGCGAACAAGAGGGUCGACUUCAACCAGACCUCCUACUUCCCCCGCUUUGUGGCCACCAGGUGGUUGGCAGUUAACCUCGAGUUUGUCGGUAACGGCGUGGUUUUAGCCGCAGCUAUUCUCUCUGUGAUGGGGAAGGACACCCUGAGCCCGGGAAUUGUUGGUUUGGCUGUGUCACAUUCCCUCCAGGUUACUGGGAUUUUGAGCUGGAUUGUUCGAUCGUGGACGGAUGUAGAGAACAAUAUAGUGUCGGUUGAAAGGGUGAAGGAGUACUUUGACACUCCCAAAGAGGCUGCAUGGAAGGUGGAAGGCAGCUCUCUGCCUCUGGCCUGGCCCCAGACUGGCACCAUAGAGUUCCAGGAUUAUGGACUGCAGUACCGCAAAGGCUUGGACUGGGCAUUGAGGGGCAUCACCCUGAAGAUCCAAGAGAGAGAAAAGGUUGGCAUUGUGGGCAGAACCGGAGCUGGAAAAUCUUCUCUGGCCCUUGGCAUCUUCAGGAUCCUUGAGGCAGCUAAAGGGGAGAUCUACAUCGAUGGGGUCAACAUUGCAGAGAUCGGCCUCCACGACUUGAGAUCUCGCAUCACCAUCAUUCCACAGGACCCAGUGCUUUUCUCUGGCUCCCUGCGUAUGAAUCUUGACCCCUUCGACGCGUAUACUGACGAGGAAAUAUGGACUUCGCUAGAGCUCGCCCACCUCAAGAACUUUGUGUCUAACUUGCCUGACAAACUGAACUACGAGUGCUCGGAAGGAGGAGAGAACCUCAGUCUGGGUCAGCGCCAGUUGGUUUGCUUGGCCCGAGCUCUUCUCCGGAAGACCAAAAUCCUAGUUCUAGAUGAGGCCACAGCAGCCGUGGACCUGGAGACAGACACCCUUAUCCAGUCAACCAUCCGACAGCAGUUUGAGGACUGCACGGUGCUGACCAUCGCCCAUCGUCUGAACACCAUUAUGGAUUACACCAGGGUGAUAGUGAUGGACAAAGGCCACAUCUCAGAGAUGGACUCCCCAGCCAACCUCAUCUCAUCCAGGGGACAGUUUUACUGCAUGUGCAGGGAGGCUGGGUUGGUCUAAAAAUUGCCUAGGUCAGAAAGACUCUGAUUCUGAUGUCCUGGCCCCCAUCUACUGGCCCUGGCACCUCUGAACCAGCCUAGAUUUGUCCAUUCCAAGCUCAACCAUGGCAGCUGAAACUCUUUUCAAGAGCACUGCUUUUAGACACCAAAUAAAGACAUCAGGACGUGAAGCUGAAGUAGUGAACAGAUCAAUUGCCUGAUCAUUGUAAAGACCUGUAACUAAAGAACAUUAAAAUGGGUGCUUAACUGGGAAAAGAGACAUCCCCAGCCCUUAUCAGUAAUUUAAGAAGCACUUUUUGGACUCAAAUGGUUUGUUACUAGUCUUGACAGGGUGACACAAAAGUUGUAAAUAUUGCUAAAUCCAAGAACUUUGGUUCAGUCUCUGAAUAUGAACCAAAUUAUUUUUGUAGAUCUUCUACAUUUAUGUUUUUUUUAUGAAGAACACUUAGAUACAUUUGUUGAUGUUGAACUGAAAUCUCAGGCAGCCAAAUCUAUUUUAUUCAUAAAAUUCAUCAGACAGAAAAAUAUAUAUUCUUUGACCCACUGAUCUCAAAGAACUGCUGCUGAAAAACCGCAUGCAGAAAACACAAAGUUCCACAAUCAAUCAAAAAUUGCACCCUAUUCCAAAAAAGAUUGGUGCAUUUUCUUACGUUCGGCACUAUAUUGGGAAAUAGGGACUUUUCAGAUUCACAAACAGACUCAUCAGUCUGAUUCCUACCCAUCCAUUUCAGUGUUUUAUGAGAAUGGUACAAAGAAGAAAACACAGCAGCAAGCCAAUGUGCUUGGCUAGCCAAGUGUCCAACUAUUCUGCGGCGUUUGUUAAUUUUAGUCUAAGAAAACACUAAACGGUCAAUAGAAUUUCAAUGGUCGGUUAUGUAGGCCUAAAAAUCUUGGGGUCAAACUGUUAAAUUGGUGACAGGAAAACCAACAUGAAUGAAGAGAAUGCCUUUUCAAAACAAUGGCACAAUUUAUGUAAAAGAAAAAUGAGAAUGUGUUUCUUCCUGCACGCACUGGCGCUUGCACACACUCUGAUUCUCAUAGCUAUGGGUGUGACACACACAAACAUGUUAAUGUAUGUACACCUAACUCUCCAAGCUGUGGGUGAAAUCUUGAGGUACUAUUCAUUGUCAGUGUUAUUGUAGAUAUUCCUUUGGAUCUGACUGGAACUUGUCUUUAAUACCUUUAUCUUAUUUAAGAGAUCCAUACUGUGGAUUUUUCCAGGUUAAGGUCAAAUGAUUUUCAUAUUUUGUCUUACUGGUUUAGACAAUAUGCUAAGAAAAAGCAGUAAAAUAUGUAUAUGAUAUUAUGAAAAUGUAAGUUGAUUGUAAAAGAUUGUAUUAUAUUUAUACAUUUUAUAU